UAUUUUUAUUUUAUUUUUUACAGUGUGACUUACAGUGCAGCCGCCACUUAGUGCACUAUCUAAACGUUAACGUUUAUUUCCUCGCAGCAGUAUAUAAUUUGCAACGAUGAAAUGAAAAUGUGGUUUUCGGUCACAGUAGAAAAACGGUUAUAAAAUAAGAGAAAAGUGAAAACUAUGCGAAGCUGUUUGUUUGUGAAUGAAAUGUUUUUUUUUAACUUUUAAUUCUGUUUUUGGUUGUAUAAAUGUUUCGUGUGUAUAAAAUAUGAACAGACGAUUGUUAUGUCAAAAUAUAUAUAUACCGUAUUAACACACAGUGCAUCGAUAUUUUAGCGCUGUAAUUUUUUUUUGUUUUGUUUAUGUUUUUAUUCCGCUUGAUUGGCAUUGCAUCGUAAUUUAAUAAGCUAAAAAGACGUUCUCGCAAAUUAUGUGUAAUUAAUUGGUGAUAAUUUUCGUCAAGUUCGAUCCCCCGUUAGCCGUGUUCAUAACUCGUUUAAAAGCACAUUCCUCACACGUAACACACCACCAUGUUGGAAUCGUUCAAUAACAAUGUGGAGAAUGAAAAGAAGGAAACAAUUGAAAAUAUUCUACGGGCAUACGAACGAAAUUAUGGUUUAACCGUAGAGUCUACGGAAUGUACAGCUGGAAGCAAAAUGGGGGACAACUAUAUGUCGGUGGUGAAAAGAAUUAAGAUAAUCGGGACAAUAGCUAAUGGUUCCGAUGAAGAUUCAGUAUUUAAUCGAACGUUGAUUGUAAAACGGCAAAUUGCUAGCAUAUCCAGACGUCAGCUGUUCCGGUGCGAUGAAGCCUUUGAGAAUGAAAUAGCUGCAUAUUGUCAUCUGAUUCCGGUUUUCCGAAAACACUAUCCACAUCAAGUGCCAUAUCCUCUAUGUUUCUUCGCUGGUAAAGAUAGUGAUGGCGAAGUGGUCAUCUUGGAAGAUCUAUGCGAAUCUGGCUACAAAAUGGUCAAUCGAAUGAAGGGGCUCGAUUAUGACCACUGCAGAAUCGUUGUACAGGAGCUAGCCAAAUUGCAUUCAAUUUCACUGAUUAUGAAAAAAGAGAGGCCGAUACAGUUCAAAGAAGCUCUAGAUAGUGUGAAAGAAAUCGUUUAUUGUCCGGAAGCGUUCGAUUUCUACAAAGCUAGUUUGGACAGUAGUUUGCGGGAAGCGUUGUCUAGUCUUAGUGCGCAUAACGUCGAGGGCGAACUGAACGAGCCAAUAGCCAAAUUGGCCAAGCUGAAAGGGGAAACAUUUAAGAUAAUGUCGGAGCAGAUUUUACACAAUACGGACGAAUUUAGCGUAGUAUGUUCAGGGGAUUUAUGGAUAAAUAAUUUAAUGUUCCGAUAUAAGGGCUGUGAGGUGGAAGGUGUUAAAUUUAUUGAUUUACAAACUGUUAGGUACACAUCGCCUGUUAUUGACAUUUUACAUUUUUUAUUUUCGAGCACUGACAAACAGUUAAGGGUUGAUAGACUCGAUCAAUUGUUGUCCGACUAUGUAUCCGAAUUAACUCAUUGCAUUUGUGCGUCUGAUUUGCCCGACACUGAUAUAAAAAAUUAUUCGAAACUGUACACUGUGACUAAUAUUAAACGGCAGUAUAUGGACAAGGUGAUGUAUGGUUUAGGCAUUGCCAUGUGGCUGUUGCCAGCUGUAACUUUUCAUCCCGAACAUAUUCCAGAUUUGGAUGUAAUGACGUUAAACGAUUUUAAGGAUUCAAAGGUGGAAAAGGCCGUAACACAGAUGCACACGACAGAGUAUCACACACGAAUGAAAGAUGUUGCUUUAGAGUUUUAUCAGAAUGGUCAUCUCGAUCACCUCGAUCAUCUCGAUCAAGUCAAGUCAAAUUAGUAUUGUGUCGUGAUUGAAAAUGUAAUAAAUGUAAAGAAUUUUGUCUUAU